UUGUCAUUUAUCAGUAGUCAAAACUUAUUGUUUUCUUCGUGUGACUUGGACGGACGUGUUUUCAUUUUAAUAUUUUUAUAUUUAUUUCACUUAAUAUCAAAAUGAAGAAAUGGUGGAACUGGAUGUUAGGAAUAGCAUUAUUUUGUUUACUGUUUAUUGCAAUACCUUUAACAUUUAGUGGUGAUGAAAAGGAAAAAUUAAAACCCAUGUACGAUAAUUACAUUCAAAAGUUUAAUAAAACUUAUAAAGACAAUCCAGAGGAAUACGAAACGAGGUUUAAAUAUUUCGUGGCGUCCGUACGAGAAAUUGAACUUCUCAAUUCUGAGUCUAGAGGUCCGGAACAGCAUCGAGCUCGAUAUGGUCUGACUAAGUUAUCAGAUAUGUCGAAAGCCGAGUACAGAGAUGUCCAUUUAUCAGAUGAGAAACCACAUAAAAGAAGACAUAGAGAAAAUAAGAAUUACAACAAGAAGAAUAAUAAAACAAGCAACGUGUUUGAUAUAGAUGACGCAGAGAGUGAUAAUUCAUCCGGCAAUUCACCUCAUAACAAUAUUUAUAUUAUUAUCAGAAAGAAAAGAGCUACUUUGCCUUUAAAAGUUGAUUGGAGAGACAAAGGCGUGGUUGGCCCUGUCAGGGAUCAAGGUCUUUGUGGAGCGUGCUGGGCGUUCAGCACGGUAGGUGUCAUGGAGACUAUGGCAGCCAUGUCUACAGGGAAACUGCAGCCUCUAAGUGUACAGGAAGCAAUAGACUGCGCGGGGCUGGGAAACAGCGGAUGCGAAGGUGGCGAUAUCUGUCUGCUGCUGGACUGGCUGAUGAUGACGGACACGCCAGUGCUAGCCGACAAGGAGUAUCCGCUGAAGCUACGCGACGGCGUGUGCAAAGCUAAUGCCACUGGAACUGGUGUACGAGUCGAGAGCUUCACUUGUAAUGAUUUUGUGGAUACAGAGGAUAAGAUACUGGAAAUGAUCGCGACUCACGGCCCUGUGACGGUCGCUGUGAACGCUCUCACCUGGCAGAACUAUUUAGGUGGAGUUAUACAAUAUCACUGCAGCGGUGAACCACGUGACCUAAACCACGCUGUCCAACUGAUUGGUUACGAUCUGUCCGCUGACGUCCCUCAUUAUAUAGUGAAGAAUUCUUGGGGCAAAGAGUUUGGCAAUGCUGGCUAUUUGAACUUGGCUAUUGGUACUAACGUUUGCGGAUUGGCAAACGAAGUGGCAUCAGUUAAUAUCAAAUAAGACAUAGCCUAAUUAUUUAUGAUAUAAGAGAUUUUAUAAUCCAUCCAAGAUAAUUCUGCAUAGCUUAUAUAUAUAUAUAUA